UUUGGCGUUCCAGACCAGAGAUGAUGAAACUACUGCUGAUCUUCCUGGCCUCGCUCUGUGCGGGACAUGCUGGGAAACCAGAUUGCUCAGAGGAGCUUUUUGCCUUCCCAGUGAGCAGUAAUGAUUCUUUUGUCAAGCCUCUUCCCCUUGAGAAGCAGCCCUUAACUGCUGCAACCGUGUGCAUGAGGUACUUAUCUUCGCUCACCCGAGCCCAGUCCCUGUUCUCCCUGGCCACCCCGGCUCACUCUAACGCCUUCCUUCUCUACAAGCCCUCUGUUGGUGUGUACCGACUGCACAUCAACGGGGAGUCUCUUGAGGUCUCUGGGCUCCCGGAUAAAACUAAUGAGUGGAACUCUGUCUGCUGGACAUGGAAAUCCAAAGGCGGCUUGAACACGGUGUGGGUCAACGAAAAGAGAAGUGGUCGGAAAAUUCUGGGAGCCAAUGCAUCCAUUACUGGUGAUCCCAUCAUCAUUUUGGGUCAAGAUCAGGAUAACUAUGGGGGAGGCUUUGACAAGGCUGAGUCCUUCGUUGGGGACAUGAUAGACGUCCACAUGUGGAACAGGGUCAUCCCUCCGUGUGAAAUCAGGCUCUUCAUGAUAGGUUGCACCUUCACCCCUGGAAACGUUCUGAACUGGAAGCAUCUGUUCUCCCUCAUCGCCGGCUCCGUGUACAAGGAGCAGAGUGACUUUGUCAAAAAUGGGUGGUGUUAG